AUGGCUCAAGCAAAGAACAUCCUCGUUGUUGGUGGCACAGGAACGAUCGGCGGGUAUAUCGCCCUAGAGGCUCAUUCCCGCGGCUACGCCGUGGCCAUCAGUGGUCGCAAGCCAGUCAAAGACGUCCCCAUCUUAUCGGAUCUGCCCUUUUUUCAAGUCGACUACACUACUGGAGAAUACAAUUCGGAAAUGCUCUCAGCAUUUGACAGCGUCGUCUUCUCAGCUGGCGCCGACAUGCGCCACAUGCCUGAGAAUGUCUCGCCGGACGAGUACUACCUACAGUCCGCCGAGAGUGCAAUUGCCUUUGCUAAAAGAGCACGGGACGCUGGAGUCAAGAGAUUUGUGUACAUCGGUAGCUUCUAUUGGCACAUUGCACCCGAGUUGAUUGAAAAGACGCCGUACAUUCGAUCACGAAAGAUUGUAGCUGAGGGUAUUGCGUCACUCUCAGGACCGGGUUUCCACGCCUGUAGUCUAGAUGCGCCAUGGGUCGUCGGUGCCGUACCAGGCUUGCACUCGCCCAUCUUUUCUGCGUACGUCCAAUUCGCCGAAGGAAAGCUAGGUAUGGGACCCUCUGUGAUCGACGCAAACUCCAACUUUGUUUCUAUCAGAGCGCUGGCAACGGCGGCUGUUGCUGCGCUGGAAAGGAGCGAGUCUGUAUCCGGCAGAACGAUCCUUAUUGGGGGUGAGAAUAUGACAUUUGCGGAAUUCUUUAGCCUUAUAUUCUCUGCUGUAGGCAACGAUGUACCAGUCUCGGUCACAGACCAGGAACAUCCUCUAGUGCCGGAAUCGGCUCUUUGGGCUGGGCGGAGUAUUAAGGUGUAUGAGCCCGAUGUGGAGGAGGAAGCUUUGCUAGGUGGCUAUCGUCGAUAUUCUGUUCAAGAUGCAGUUGAACGACUAGUUAAAGAAUAUCGAUCGUUACAGUUAGACAAAUAG